UGCUUGAGAGAAUGAUGGUCAUGUUUGUAACCUGCUUGCUGAGGUCACCUGCUUAUUGAGGUCACCUGCUUGUUGAGGUCAUCACUCAGCAAGACGCGGCAUACAGGGCAGCUGACGUUAACACGCCCCCAACCACUCGUCAGAGAGGUCGGCUGAGGUCAUUACAUAUCACCAAGACGAGUCAGAGAGGUCAGAUGAGGUCAACACUUACUAUGACAAUGCUUUUAGUUCAGGUGUCAACAAAACACGACAAAUAUUGAGCGAGGAAAAUGUUAUUCUAAACACUCAAGGAAUUUCGCGAAACAGUGGCAACAACAGCCCAGUCCUUGGAAUCUCAAGACAAGAACACUUUUACUUCAUGUUUUGAAGCACUUAGAACAAUCCUAACAUCACAUACUUCAAAAUAAUAGCAAUUUGCACACCAGGAGUGAACCUAGUAGUGACCACCGAAGAGACGAAGGCCAAGAGUUGAGACACGACCCUUGCAACCACAUAUACGUGAGUACACACACAUGUCCAUCUACAACUCGGCCCUCUGGGAAUACCACUUGUGGUUCACUGGCUGAAGGAGGCACAGCAGAUGUGACAAGAUCAAAGCCAAGGAUGCACUGAGCAGCGUCACGGAUGCUUCGGACGACGAAGUUCCUAAUUAGCGAAACUUCCCAUUCACGAUCGAGGGAGAAGCUAAGUUUGGAUAAACAGAGAGGAAGAGUGAAAACUUAUCUUGCUGAGAAGUGGCCGAGAUAUUGAUAUUUGAUUGAUUUUUUUAUGGUGAAAGAAAUCAAAGUUUAAAUUAUGCUUAUAUAAUGAACGUAAGUCGAAAAUAUGGAUGUUUAUGUGCCGUAAAAAAAUGUUGAUAGCAAAUUAUGGAGAAAGAAGGACAAAUGCGGAAAAAAUGAUUUAAUAUUAAUGGUCACCGCAGAAGAGGUCGUCAGCUCAUCACCCGCAUCAGCACAACAGCCAACAUAACCUGAAAACCCUGCCAACACAGCUGCAACGACUACCACCCCUCUCACGACUACUUGUAACACAACUACCACCACCACCAAUACAGAAACCACACUACCAAUACAGAAACCCCACUACGGAUACAGAAACCACCCACACUACCAGUACAGAAACCAUUAUCAAAAAGUCAUUGCUACGACUAUCACACAAUCUAUCAUCACCACCUGUAAUUCUGAAUUAUUUCGUCUACCAUUUGUUCUCUGCCUGCUUGAGUCUAGCACCCCGGCACGUUCCCCGUCAUCACUCACAACACUCGUCUUACUGACGACGAUCCUUCAUGUGUAUCUUUUCAGCCUCACACUACCAUUUUGUGUGUUUGAAUUGCAGAUUUUUCAAUUGUUUUUCUUCACACUGAACCUCUUCCCAUCUUUGUCCUCUUGUUGUUUUUUCCUGCUCUUUAGUCCCUCGUAUUUUACACUGUCUUUGGAAAGACACUUCCUCUCAAAAAUGCGUAUUUCCUAUGGUCACCUUCACUCUAAACUCGCAGCCAAAAUAACUAGAGAUCGACACUUUAGCUAUUCAACACACAAACAAUUUGCCUACCACCUGUUGACCUGUAUUCAGCAGGUAUCUGGGUGCUAGUUGACUGUCGUGGGUCGCAUCCUAGGGAAAAGACCAGAGGAGCCUCAGUGGAUAUAAAAAACACAUCUAGGCGUAACUGCGGUCGACUAGGAGCCCUCCGGGGUUAAGUCGAAGUCUUCACGCAACCCGAGAAUCUUCGUCACUGAUGGAGGGGGCAGGUGGAGGUGCUGGUAAGGUGCUGGAAACGCUUUCUGCCAUCACUGCCUUCUUCAACACAACGAUCAGCUCCAUCAACCAUACCAGUGACAACUUCGACCUCGACUACCUCGACUAUGGCCUCACCUUCAACGCCUCCCACGGUAAUCUCACCGUCAACGAUUCCCGCAUCAACGCAACGGAGGAUAACCACACUUUCCUAUCCUCAGACUACUGCAGCACGGAGGGUUGGGACAACUUCCGCCAGAGUUACCAGGCUGUACACGGCUGUAUGUCACUGGUGGUGUGCGUGUUCGGCUCAGUGGCCAACGUGAUCAACAUGGCCGUGUUGACCCGACGAUCCAUGGUGUCACCUACUAACGCUAUCCUGACGGGGCUGGCGGUGACGGACCUGCUAGUGAUGGUGGAGUACAUUCCUUACACCAUGCACCAGUACAUGUGGCAGGGGCGCUCUCUCACGUCCAGGUACUCCUGGGGGUGGGCCGUCUUUGUCCUCUUCCAUGCACACUUCGCCCAGGUUUUUCAUACUAUUUCCAUCUGGCUGACUGUCACCCUGGCGGUCUGGCGCUACAUCGCUAUCGCCUUCCCUCAAAACAAUACCACCUGGUGCUCCAUGCAACGCACGCACGCCGUCAGCAUAGCCGCCUUCUUCUGCUCCGUCAUCUGCAACAUUCCCAACUACCUCAACUUCACCAUCAGUAAAAUAGACCACAAAGGACAUACACUUUACAUAGUAAAUUUCAGCCACUUGGCGCUGGCUCACGGCGGCUUUCUGAAGAGCAUCAACUUUUGGAUUUACGCUGUGAUGCUCAAACUCUUGCCAUGUGGAGCUCUCACUGGCCUCUCGUUUGCGCUAAUCCAGGAACUUCUGCGAGCUGCAAGACGCCGCGCACAACUUAUGAAAAACACAUCAGGACGUGGCGCAGACGCUGAGAAGCAAGCCGACAGAGUCACUAAAAUGCUGCUAGCCAUUCUUGUGCUCUUUCUGGCAUCUGAAUUUCCACAGGGGAUCCUGGGCUUGCUGACAGUAAUCCCAGACUCCGGCUUCUUCCCCUGUUACCAGAAGUUAGGCGAAAUCAUGGACAUGUUGGUACUCUUCAACAGUGCUAUCAACUUCCUGUUGUACUGCGCCAUGAGCCAGCAGUUCAGGGACACUUUUAGCGAGCUCUUCAAACCCUGCUGCUGUGUCUCCCUCUUGGCUUUAAGGACCCCGAAACCCAAGGCAAGCUGGAACGCGGUACCCUCCUCUACUGACCCGGGCACAGAAAGCAACAACACCUGUAUCACACAUGUCUGAAACUCAUAAUCCCCGCCCUGAGCGCCUAGAAAUUUUUAUCACAUUGGCAAAAAUAGAUCAUCUGGAGUCUUUUAAUGGAGGAAAGCUAAUGGCAGGGAAAGGAAAUGGGAAGAUUGUCUUCAAGUGCUUAAAAAAAAUUCAAUAUUUUAUAAAGAAAUUUAGAUAAUGAAAGUAACAGCAACAUUUGUAUGGCUCAUGUCUUGAAUCGUGCUGUGAACAUCCAAAGGAGGAGCUUUCUCCCUCCUUUUAAACCCUUGAAGCAACACUCACACAUUACUUGCCUGAAUGGGACACUUCCUUUAGACACUUCAGAAUAUUCAGAGUCACUUAUGCAUUUACAUAAAGCUUUAUAUGUUCCUUUAAGUGAAAAUAUCUGAAUGUUACGACUCUUGUCUGAGUCAUGGACACGCAACAUUACCUUCGUAUUAAAUAUUUCCUGAAUCGCAGCCUCUCAACAACAGACAGUAGUAUUAACGUACCUUAAACAGUGGUUAACUGACUUAGAUAUUUCUAAUGCGCACGAUGGGUCCCCUCUUUUCUGUUCAUGCGUCAGAGAGGGUGACCUAGUACCAGGAAUGGUGAAACACGAUCAUCCGUCCCCUAGUAGCUGCCCUAGUCUCUGGUCUCUCCUGACCAGACAGGAUGUAGAUGAUCGCAAUUUGCCUACGAUGGAUGACAUGCGUGUCUGCGUUAUCGCAGAUAAAUGAGGACAUACACUGCAGCACCCGUAUGGUCUUAAAACAUCACUGUUCAUUUUAAUACCUCAACUAAAACAGAUCGGAAGUAUUACAUAGAAAACUUGCUCCUUCAUUAUAUAGACAGGGAGAAGAUACAUAGAAAUUCCCUGUUUUACAAAGAAAAAUGAUGGUAAACCAACAGCUUGUCUUUGAAUAGUUAUACAAGAAAUGUUAUUCAUAUUACUGAUACUUUUUCUGACCUAGACGAGACUUAGUGUUUAUACACUUCACCAGACAGCCCGUCCAGUGAAGUGCUUUUAAUGAUGGUAAAGGGCUCUAAAUCCAAGCAGUCCGAUUUAUCCUCUCCUUCCUUGUGCGGAAUCUCAUCAUGAUGAAGACUCAUCGAAAUUAUGAUGAUGAUGAUAAUAAUAAUAAUAAUAAUAUACUAGUGAGCCAGGCCUUCACCAGUGAGCCAGGCCUACACCAGCGGGCCAGGCCAGAUUGCAAUGCUCUUCUAUCAAAAAAAAAAAGAAACCCAGCGUAGCUCUAAGCUGCCUCAUAGCUGGUAUAGCUUUAAAAUAUCUAGUCAUUAACUAUAUUAGUUCGACUAUUUAGACGAUAUAUACACGCCAAAAUAAAUGUGUCUAAGGCACACCUGGAACAACGAGGAGAAAGCGGCUGCGAACGCGUUCAACCUAUUCCAGAACUCUGAAAACACAGGGGAAUUUGGUUUUAAAUGCAUACAAAACGCAUGCGAAUGUCACUGAAAUGUGUUGGACGCACAUAACAUUAUGGAAAUGUGUUGGAAAAGUGCGCAGGAAAUGUCCUUGAAAGAGUCCUCUAAGUGUCAGGGAAAUGUGUUAUGGAGUGUAAUGAGAGGAAAGGCUGACCAAUUUUUCUGAGUAUAAAUUAAGAUGUACCCGCUGCCAGAGGUGCAGACAGUAAACUGCUGCAGGCGUUCUUGGUGGUGGAUCCGGAUCUUGGAUAUGGAUCCGGAUCUUAGAUAUGGAUCCGGAUCUUGGAUAUGGAUCCGGAUCUGAGAUGUAGAUCCGGAUCUGGGAGAUGGCUUAGAAUCUUAGUGAAGUGUUAGAUUCCUGAUGAUACAUUAGAAUUUUGGUGAUAUACAUGAGAAUCACAGAGAGAGAUUAAGAAGUGUAGUGAUGGAUCUGGAUCAAGUGAUGAUUGCAUGUUCCAAAAUCCGAGUGGAGUGAGGAAGAAAAACAAGGAAAAUAGGAAUUUUAAUUCUGUCAGAACAAACAGAAAACUGAUAAUA